AUGUCUGUGUCUGCAAACCAAGCCGAUCCUAGGGAGCGUGAACUUGAACAUGUGCGCAUCCACCGUCAGUGUGGUGCUUGUGGAUUUCUUUUUGAUGUUGGAGACCGAUUAGUUGCCCCUGACAGAUACAACCUGAGAAGGCUGGCUAGCCUUCCAAACGAGGUUGCCACUAUUAUAUGGAACUUCCUGGGACAUCACUCUCUCCUGCGUUUCUCCGCCGUUCUCGAAGCCAUCGACUAUCUCUCCACAGCCUCGGAUGAGCCAACCUCGGUACCAAUAGCAAGGAUCGAAGUCUGGCAUCGUGGGAGCCAACCUAUCACCAGCACUGUUGGUUCAAACUGUCCUAUUGAGUUGACAAUUGACUCAAAGGGCAUCGCACGCAUCGCGAGGCUUGCAUCCUCAGUGCAGGAGUCUUGGUCUCGGUUCACUGUUUACACAACUGUUGAUGCUGGUCAGAAUUUGACAGUCGACUUCAGAUUCGGUAUUAGCCGCCUGGCAUCCCCAUGUGGACCAAACCAACUGCAAAUCACAGAUAUCCCGAACCUUUCCAAGUUCAAGUGGUUUUAUUUUCCUUUUCAAGCAUCGACAACGCGUCUUGCCAGCAUUGAUCUCGUUUCUUGCUCAGGAAUAACAUUCUUUCUAUUGGCAAGCGACCUGCUUGCAGUCCAUGCCCACACUCAGGCUUCGCCUUCCGCAGAAGUAACUUUUGCACGGCUUUCCCCAACAAUCCGGUCACAAGUUCAAUGGUUCUACGUGCCAAAUCCAACCGCAGAUAAGAUAUCCGCUUUUGGCGUUCGGCUUGCGGCCCUUCCCAAUGGGCGACUUCUACUCAAUAGUCGUUCUUAUUGUAUCCGUACACCCCACAGGGGAAACAUUGCUAUCGGCCCAUACAACGAGGAGGAUGCAUCACAGGAGUACGCCGUUUACACUCCGGAUAGAUCCAUUCUAGUAUACGCCAUUCCAGAACAUGGCCCUGUUGUGUUCUUGGGGGCGAUCACGGAGGGCCGUAAGUGCUCUGGGCUUCGUCCUUCUAUUCCCUCGGUUUCUUCUCUGCCAAACGCCAGUUAUGCAUCAGCAACCCUGACGGAUGUUACAUGCAUCUGGGUGUUCCGCGAAAGCCAGACGGAUUUCUGCCGUGGGCUGAUUGUUCAGUAUGCAAAUGGUUCAGAGCAAGCCCUCGGAUAUUGUCGACUGGGGUACGAUCCUACCGAGAGAUGUGCAGAUGUAUCCCAAUUCGCAUUUGCCGCUCUCGAAUGUAAGAUGGAGAACGGCUUGUCCCGCCGCAUCGUAAAGGUGAAAGUAUCGGCAGCGCUGCGAGAUGGUGGUUACCUUGGUCAAGACUGGACACGCUGCUCCAACGGAUGCACCUUGGAAGUUUGGGCAACGGGAACGGAAAUGGUUAUGACAGUUUGA